UAGAUAGUCGACGCCCUCCAAUUGGAAAAGUGAGGUUAGUAAACCAAACAACUUAAAUCGACCGCAUUAACAGGUAGCAGUUAAAAAUCGUAAAAAAAUCGUUCCUUAUAAAACCAUAAUUCAGUAUUUUUUUUAAAUAAAGAUAAUUAAAGUUGGAUUAACAAAUUAUAAAUUGAGAAGAUGUCUUCAGCCGGAUUUCCAUCUCAACAUACCACAGCAACAACAGUUUCUUCAAACACUACCGUUCAAACUAAUAUAAGGUUUGAUCAAAGUUAUCUACGAACGUUACCGGGGAUUUUAAAAUGUAUCCAAAUUACUGUAAACUUAAUUGGGUUUAUCUGUAUUGAAUGUACAGGUGUAAAUGCUUAUCAUUCCCGUGGGGGGUGGUUCGUCACUGUGGCUAUGCUUGGAUUUUGGACAACAGGUAUCCUCCUCACGUUUUAUUUGUUUCAUAUAAUCGAAAAAUUCUAUAAAAUCCCCUGGUUAAAGAUUGAAUUCGUUUUUUGUUGCGUGAUGGGCCUUUUCUAUUUGAUCGCUGCCUCAUUAGCCGUUUCAUUCCCAAUUGAGGGUUAUCGCGUUGGAGGCGUUUUCGGCUUUAUUGCAAUGUGUCUUUACGGGGGUGACGCAUUUCUCAAAUUUCAAUCAAUACAAAGAGGCGAAAUUGCACAAGGCGAACGUGUCACCGUUAGACAAACCACUACAUCACCAGCUUAUUAAAUUUCUUAAAUUUGUUUUACAACAAAAUUGUUUAUAAUUUUUAGGUUAAGUUUUUUUUUUUUUUUGUUGCAC